UUAUAAACAAUUUGGCGCCAAACUCCCGUCCUUCAACGGAGUCAAAACCUUUAUAAGACUAACUCCACAGUUCUUGGAACUUCAAUCACUACUUUGUUUGCGUUAUCCAUGGAUCACCCUCUCUACAACACCCACGUAAAGCUCCUUGCUUCCGACCUCCUCUCUCUCACUCCAGUCCCCUCCUCAAACCCCAACCCCGUCUCCUUCUCCCGCAACGGCACCCUCCUCUCCCGCGCCGAGACCGUCGGCACGGUCAUCUCCCGCGACCUCAGACCCGAAAAAUAUCUCAAAUUUGUCGUCGACGACGGCACUGCCUGCGUCGGCUGCAUCCUCUGGCUCAACCACCUCUCCUCCCCUUACUUCUCCCGCCGCUGCGCACCAGAUGUUCGGAUUAUUGCCCAAGCCGCCAAUCGCUUCGCCUCGGAGGUGAAGCUCGGCGCUGUGGCCAGAGUUCGUGGCAGGAUCACCAUGUACCGCAGCGAGGUUCAGAUCACGGUGUCGGACGUGGUUGUGGAUAGGGACCCCAAUGCUGAGAUCCUGCAUUGGCUGGAUUGUAUGAGGCUGGCUCGUCGGUGCUAUGAUGUUGUUGCGCCAAGAAAGUAAAUAGUAGAUCUUUGAUAUUUAGGGGGUAUCAGAAUUUGUAGUUAGCUUUGGCUUUGUCUUCUUCUGGGCCAAUAUGAGUAAAUGUGAAAUUAGUUCCCUUGUACCUUUCAACCCCUUAACGGUAUUCACGGUCCCCUUUUAGUUAAUGUGAUUCCUUACUUCUUAUUCGUGGACUUUUUUUGUUUUUUGUUUUUUUUGUUUUUUGGCUUGAUAUUUUAAGGUAUAGAACAGAGGCAUU